UAUAGUGCUAUCAUGAAUUGUUCGGAGCACGAGGACCAGCCUGUCGUCAUGGUUUGUCAGACAGAAAUGUGAGACCUGUUUGGUUUGUGUCAACUGUAUAGCUGGAGCACACAAUAAACAUGCACUGUCAACCCUGGUAAAGGUCGGGAAAAAUGGAAAAGAAACGCCUCCAGGGCAUAUCCACGGCAAAUAUCAAAUGCCUGGAAAACCAAAAAGAGAAACUAGAACGUAUAAAGAACAUGAAACACCAGACACGAGAAUCUAUUAAGACAGUACAAACAUUACAAGAGAGGUUGGGGCUGAUUCUUCUCACUGACGACUGGAUAAAGAUUAUCCUGGAAGGGAAGGAAACGAAAACGAAACCAACCAUAGAAGAUCUCACUACACUUCCUGGCACAUCAACAUCAACCGACGUUGAACAAGCAUCAGAUUGUGUGGGUAGCGUCUACAGGCACAAAUCACUGGAAACAGUCUCUUCUAUUCCCCUCUCAAAUAACUACAGUAUCACAUGUAUUGCUCCUGUUAAAGAGAACAGUUUCUGGGCUAUAAUAAAUAAAGAAAUUCAGAUGUGCAAGAAACAAGGAAUCAUUAAAAAUAUCAGAUAUGGAACACAAAUUCGUGGAAUAGCCAUUACAGUGUCUGAUAAAUUACUGGCAACAUGCACUGAUGACAAAUGUGUGAAGAAGAUCACAUCUGAAGGUAAACAGCUACAUAGUUUUAGUACAGAUCCUCUGAUACCUAACCAACUAUGUGUUGCAAGUAAUGGUGACAUUUUAGUUACGCUCGUUUCCUCGUUUGAGGAUCCAAUUCCGGAGACAGUUGGAGUAGUGAGUCGGUACACACCACAGGGAAAGAGGAUGAUCACGUUUGAGAGGGACCGAUUUGGUAACACUAUAUGUCCUAAGUAUGUAGCUGCUAGCCGAGUCUCUGACAUGGUAGUGGUAACAACACACACUAACAACGAUAGUGAUGGCUGGUUUUAUGGUCACGUGAUGGUGAUGACUGGGGACCUACAGGUGAAGUUUCGGUACCUCGGCGAUGGCCAGUUCAUAUCUGGUGACCAACAGUUUCACCAAGAAAGUUCCACCAAGCACUUCAGUCCUGGUAUCGACAGUAAGGACCACAUCAUACUUGGGGACAUCAAAUCAGGUAGUGUAGAGAUUAUAGACAAACAUGGACACAGACUUCAGUGUCUGGGGCAGGUCGAUGGGAUUAGUUACCUCACCGUUUCUAUUGACGAUCAGUUGUGGGUUGGACUGACCACGGGUCAAGUGCAGGUAUACAAGUACACGUGAAUCUAAACUUACCAGAAGCUGUUGUAUCACGGUACAUAAGUGCUUGUGUACUCCUAAUCGGAAAUCUACAUUCAGUGAAGAAUUCAUAUUCAUUUACGUUUUCAGCACGGGUAGGAAUAGAUGAUUAUUUAUAUAGAUUUAGUAUUAAUAUAGAUAGAUUAUUUAAAAGGGAUAAUACUAGCGAAGAAAAAGAAACGCAAGUUUAUUUUCGAUAGUUAUUAUUCUACAUGAUUCUUUGAUGAUGUGUGCAUGGUGUGGGUUUCUCGAUUAUUUCAUCUUCACUGAAUACAUUAUGAUGCUUUUUGUUGUCCUAUCACAAUCGCUGUUAGCGUAAAUACCGUUAAAACAAGGAUGCCCUACGUCGUUUCCUGAUCCAAAUCGGUAGCUUAUGUGGCUAUCCCUGGCACAGUCGCAGCUCUUAUUCUCCUUAACAUUGAUGGGUGUUUAACCCCUGAGGGAUAUUCCACUCCUUAAUAAGGACCUAUGUGAGUUGAGCGACGUUAUAUGGGACAUCGACGUGCUUUCUAACCCUUCUGUCUAGCUCCUCCAACAAAUGCUCGAUUUGGGACAUAUUUGGAGUGUGUGUUGGUCAAUCAAGAACUGGAAUGUUGUUUAAAACCAGAAAGUCACAACAAACCCUAGCAACAUGGGGCAUCGCUUUGUCUUGCUGCAACGUAAGGUUACGUUGAUGGAUAAGAGGAAGAACGUGUGGCCUCAAGACCUCAUUCCGAUAUAUUACUGCUGUAAGAUUACUAUCGAUAACCACGAGAGGUGUUUUCAUGCCUUGAUAUAUCCCUGACCUUACCGAAACAGACCAUCCACCGAAUCUGUCGCUUUCCGUUACGCAAGCAUCUGAAUAUCGCUCACCACGACGUCGAUAGACACGUUGUCGUCCAUCUGACAUGUACAGCGUAAAGCCAGACUCAUCCGUGAACAACACGUGUCUCCAAUGGGCCAAACGAAAGCCGAUGAGGUGCAAGCAGCCACUACAUUCCACGUUGACGCCGCCUCUGCGUAAGUGGCGGACCGACAUAGGGACGUCGUGUCCUUAAAUAAAACUCCGGCAACCGAUUUCUAACCAAUCUUGAUGGUUGGUUGACACAGUGUUAACACGCUUAACUUUCACCAAGGCGGCCGGGGUUCGAUUUCCCGAUCGGACGUGAAAAGGUAUGAGGUCACCUGCCCGGCCACGUUGGGUUUCCCCAGGUACUCCGGUUUCCUCCCACAGCAAGACACCUCGCGCGCUUCUAUCUGUGCCAAAAAUCGUGAUUAAUAUAAGCUGGUAUAACUUAUUUCGCAAUGGUUGUAAAAUAAAUAAAGUUGACAUUUUUGACCGAUCUUGGACAAAACUGGCCGACUAUGAGUGCCGACAACUUGACGUGCCGUCGCCGUCUGAAAUCGGUUACGGAGGUUCGAGAAUCGUACACCUCUAUCUUGACGUCACGACGUAAUGCGCGGGCGUCCACUCCUGGGACGGUCACCCCAUCUCCUUGUGACUCUGAUACGCCCAACUUAACGGGAUAUUGUUGUCUCAUGUACACCAUAUAAUGCGAAUGCCCCUACAGUAUCAGGGCAAUGGCCCUACCCCUAUCGACUUCACUCAAACGCAACAUUUUGCUGUGCCAUCGCUUCCAGAAGAAAUGUUUUGUAACUGCUCUGUGCUGUUCCAAUGAGUACCCCAGAUGAACGCUUUCUUCGAAAAUCUGCUGAAAGCUACAGCGUCGAGCAGGGUCACGGUCCACUGAAUUUUAACGGGAGAACAUUUUCACAAUUCACGGAGUUAGCUCAGUGUGACAUUUAUUAUUUAAUUGAAUUUAGAAGACGUGUCUAAAAGUUAUAUUAGAAAAACCGAACUUCCUUUCCUUUUUUCCGCUAUUAUAUAUGUAUUCAUCGGGGGUUUUUUGUUUUUUUUUUAAUCCUAUGAAACAGAACGUAAUGUUGUUUGCUUUAAUAAACAUCAUCGAUAGAAAAAAAAUAGGCAAGGAAUCACGAUAAAUAUACAAUUAGAAGUCCAGAAGACAAGAUGAUUUCUCAUGUAAAGGAUACUUCAGUGUUAUAUAGGAAUAUUUCGUAUGUUGACGCUAUAUUAGUGUUAUCUUUAAUAGUGUUAUUAACAUUUGAAUAUAAUUUGAAACAUAACGGACAUGUUCUUAACUUAAGAAUAAGUGUAAAAAGUUUAUUCAAGGAAACCUACGUUCUAUUUCGACCAAUCGGGUUUGAGGGAUCAGUUCAAACACAAUACUAGUGUCACCGGUCAGUUCAAGAUCAGAUAGCUGACAAUCAGUAUAUACAAUUCAAGCUUCGAAUUUUUUUGAAUAGCUUGAAUUUUUUCGAAUGACAAGCACAAUAUGAAAUAUGAUGUAUAAGAUGCAAAUGAGUUAAUGCAAUUGUGUGAAAAUAUGAUAAGCGUGAUUCAUUGAGUAUUACUACAUUAUUGACAAAAUGUUAUUAUUAUUCAUGCUUUAGUUAUUUAUUAUAAUUUGUUAAAUGUAUUAUCUGCGAGGAAACUGAAUGUCUUUUUGACAUGUUUACGGACGAAUGCUUAUUUUGAUACGGAAUAAACACAUGAAACGGA